AUGCAACUCAAAGGCCUGAUUAUAGCAGCUUGCUGCUUUGCGGCUUCAGCGCAAGCCUCUGCCGUGACACCUACAAUCAACGGACAAAACUAUCCAGCUAAAUGGUUUCAUAUGAGUCUCAACAACACUGCCAACAGCACUGAGCUUAUUGAAUCCAGUCUCAGUGAGCGAACCGAUGUCACCGUGUGUGUACAUAGUCUCAAGGCUGCUUCGAAUUGUGCUGGCAUCGGCACCUUUCUGAUUGCCCUGGUUAAAAUCAUUUCUAGUAGUGUCUAUGGACUAUCUAAGGAGAAUUAUAAGGACAUAUCCUACAUCUAUUACGCCUCUGGAUCAAACUGCGAUACCACCGCGAAAAAGGACACAAUUGCAGGUGCUCUUAAGCAUUAUUUCGAAAAAAUCGAUAAGAUUGAGAUCUGUGACACUGAAUGUCUCCGUAUGGAUCAUGGAGGCACUUGGGAUGGAUGGUUGAAGAUUGGCCCGACUGCUUCAUUUGACAAGGACGCAUACUGUGGUCCAGAACUGAGCUUCAGCAGUUGUACCUCGGGCGGUGAGGGUGACAUCUAA